UUCCAAGCUUGAUUUCUCGCUUCUGCACCCCACGGAUGAUUGGCAACCAGGGGGGGUUCGUUUUCUUUCGUUCCAACACCGGAGUCCAGCUUACGUAGAGAUAUGUAUGCAAAUCAGUACAUAUCUUUCUUCUUGUUCUUUUUACUUAUCUAUUGAGCUUUAUCGCUGUACCUAAUCUCGGUAUCUCCCAACUACCUAGGUAGGUUAUAUAAAAUGGCUUGCAGCGAUGCUACACGACGUGGCGCAUCCUUUUUCCUUCAGCUCUGCUGUGUAAAAUUUUGUUCAGUACCUAAUUCAAUAUUCAAUUCGGCUUCAUCCCAUGAGUAGUGUGUUUAAACCGUCGCCCGUAGGCAAUUCACCCAGGAUUCAUAUCAAGGUCCGGGAAUAGACGUUAUCAUUCAAUGAGCACCCAGCCCUUCACUCAGAAGUAAUCCUUAUCUCAGGACUUGGCGGCCACCGCCCCCUCCCCAUCUCCAAACUUUCAAAAUGGCAUCAUCGGAAGAAAUGCGUCGACACUCGUCGCAUGCGCCGCCCGUAACGACAGUGUUUGCCGACGACGAUAUGCCGGACCACAUCGCGGAGAUGUCCGAAGACGAAGCUGCGCUGGCGGCCCUUGGUUACAAACAGGAAUUCAAGCGCGAGUUUUCGGCUUGGACGACUUUCGCGGUUAGUUUUGCGGUUAUGGGUUUGUUGCCGAGUAUUGCGACGACUAUGUGGUAUGGAUUGGGUUAUGCUGGUCCUGCGGCGAAUACUUGGGGUUGGUUGGUAUCGGUGUUUUUUAUCCUGUGUGUUGCUGCUUCAAUGGCGGAAUUGGCAAGUAGCAUGCCAACCUCCGGCGGUCUUUACUAUGCAGCCGCGGUUCUAGCCGGUCCUAAGUACGGCCCUUUCGCUGCUUGGAUUACGGGUUGGAGUAAUUGGUUCGUACAAGUUACAGGAGCUCCUAGUGUUGAUUAUGGAUGUGCUGCCAUGAUUCUUGCCGCGGCGUCGAUAGUCAACCCGGACUAUAUACCGACGACCUACCAGACGUUUCUCCUAACAGUCUUCAUCAUGUUGACACAUGCCUGCAUUAGCAGUAUGCCGACGUUGUGGAUCGCGAAUUUCAAUUCGGUUGGAACGACUAUUAACCUCCUUUGCCUAUUAAUCGUCAUUAUUAUUAUUCCGACUGCGGCGAUGGGCGAUCCUAAGUUCCAACCAAAUUCAUUCGCAUGGGGAAUCCAGAAUAGCACGGACUGGCCUGAUGGUAUUGCGGUGCUGAUGUCGUUCCUAUCGAUUAUCUGGACGAUGUCUGGAUACGAUGCGAGUUUCCACCUUAGUGAGGAGUGCUCAAAUGCUGCUAUCGCUACGCCGAGGUCUAUUGUCAUGACCGCAGGAUCAGGAUCUGUACUUGGUUUCGUACUGAACACCCUAAUCGCGUAUACAGUUAAGGAUGUACAGGAGGUCAUAAACACAGAACUGGGUCAACCCUUCGCCGCAUACGUAAUCCAAGUCCUCCCACAAAACGUCGCCCUCGCUGUCCUCGCCAUGACAAUCGUAUGCGCAUACUCCAUGGGCCAAGGAUGCAUGGUCGCCGCAUCACGAGUAUGCUUCGCCUACGCGCGCGACGACUGCUUUGGCAUCGUCAGCCGGCCUCUCAAAAAAGUUAACAAGUACACCCUAACGCCUGUAAACGCCGUGUGGUUCAACACGACGAUCGGGAUUCUCCUCCUACUCUUGAUCUUUGGCGGUACAGCUAUCGAUGCGAUAUUCAGUAUCGGUGCUAUUGGGGCGUACGUCGCUUUCACGACUCCGAUUUUCCUGAAGAUCGUGUUUGUGGGGAAUAGCUUCCGUCGUGGACCUUGGCAUCUUGGUGUUUUUAGCUUGCCCUCGGGAAUCGCGGCUUGUUGUUUUGUAUUGGUCAUGUUGCCGGUGCUGUGUUUUCCCAGUUUGAGGGGUGCGAAUUUGACGCCUGAUGAGAUGAAUUGGACGUCGCUUGUUUAUGGCGCGCCAAUGUUGUUCGUUACAGUAUGGUUCUUCGUUGAUGCUCAUAAAUGGUUUAAAGGACCGAAGAUUAAUAUCGAGCACCACAUGCUUCACCAGCCACUCCCCGGCGUGAUGGGAAUAGAAGCUUCUGGCGCAAAUGGAAAGGACUCAGAUAUAGAACAGGGGUCGUCAAAGACGCCGUCAAAAUAGGUAGGAUGCUUAAAAGGAAAGGGGCAUUUAAGAUAUACGUAUAAAACGUAUGUACUUAUGUUUUAGAUGUUCAUAUACUUCAUCUUGGUUGUAUGUUUGAUCCAUUUAGAAUCUAUAUUAGGUGUAUAGAUAAUGCACCCAGGCAUAAGCCGUUUUCUGAAUGCU